GGGCAAACGAGUAGCACGCAUCACGCGUCGCGGACAGUCCCAUGGCGCGACCCAUGCGGCGCUGGGCCUUGCGAAGUGUGCAGGCUGCCUUGGCCUUGCUGCUGGUCAGGUUUUCCACCGAGAGUUGGGUGCCGGGCGUCAUCCGAAGGCCUGUGAGAGGUCAUAGGGUGAGGUGUGCCGCUGAGGAGGGAUGGCAGAUGCCGAAUCCCUUCGCGGGCUUGCAAGGCUCCAUGGCCGACCCGGGCUACUGGAAGCAGCAGCAUUUCUUAGCCGGAAACCUGAAGCAGCUUUUGCCUCCGUCCCGGGAUGAGUUCAUCGCAAUGCAGCUGGCGCCGAAUGAUUGCAAAUACUUGGGCUACCUAGCGCCGCAGCAGAUGCCUGGCAAGGAUGCUGGUGAAAAGAAGCUUUUGCAGUACCUGGUGCUGGGCCCUGUGAGCGGAAUUCAGAAGUAUGAGUUCGAGAAGCAGUGCAAGGUCUACAGCGUAGCUGCGGGCUUCAGGGAUUGGGAGAAGAAUAUCCUCAAUCUGGUGCCAAAGCCGGAAGUCCAUGUGGGUGUGGUCGCUGCUGGCACCGCUGCUCGACUGGGUGGGCGCAUCUUGAGGGAGGGCCUGCUGCAGCUGGCGGCCGCUCUGACACGAGAUGGUCGAAUCCUUUUGAUUGUAAAUGAGGAGGAUGAAAAAGUGAUCGGGGGCAAACUCGAGGAUGUCAUGGAGGCGCAAGAGUGGCAGGAGUUGAUGAAGUCGGGGGAUUUGCCACCCGACCCUGAAAAGGAAGAGAUGGCAGAGGUGCUGGAGAAGGGAAAACUGAGGUUGGUCCGGGUGCAAAGGGACGAGUGUGGUUUGGCCGUGGGCGUGUGUGCGGGCCUAUUCAAGCCCAAAGUCGUCAAAAGACCGAAAGCUGCAGCCGCCAAAGCCAGCGCCGGCAGCCCCCGUGAAAAGAAAGUGCGAAGGCCACCACGCGGCAAGCGCUGAAGUGCUGAAGGCAGCUCAUGGGUUAAGGAGCCAUAGGUCCAUGGGUCCAUCCGGAUGUAUAGCAAUCCUAUGCGGUCUUCGAUGUGAAGAGGCCUUUUUCUCAUGAGCCGUCAUGAGCGGUGUGCUCCCAAAUGCUUCACGUUGCUCUUUGGGCUUUCGCCGAGUCAUGCUCACCAGCCUGUUCGACCCACCAACGGAACCUGGAAAGUUUGCUUCUCUAGAUUUUGCAGCAUCGCCCAGGUGGAAAUUUUCCGAGCAGUCUGGGAAGAGACCGUGCUGCACAAGCCCCCUCAGCAUAGUUUGGCAGCUUGGCUGACAGAGAAUUCUGUCAGGACAACUUUUUGUCUUCACAACCCUAGCUGGGUUGCCGCUCUUCCGACUCGGAAGGGAAACACGCGCAGUGUGCCUGCCGGAG